AAUAUUAAACUGACAAGAAGAAUAACAGUUUGGAGUUUAUACUGGUACCAGGAACGUUUUCAUGCAGGAUUCUAUAGGGGAUUCCAGUUAUCUUUUGGGGCGAUAGGUGAAGUGUUUAUCAGCAUUCACAGCAGACCCUCAUGAAACUGUUAAUGGCUUCACUUGAGACAUUUUAGGAUGUUUAGGAAUAUUGACUGACUGAGAAAAAGACCAAGGGUAUACAGUACAGAGAAUUGACUAUUGGACAGAGCUUGGUACCUUUAACAGCAGGAUACAUACACAGUAGGAUUUCGAGAAAACUAUACGAAUUGGGAAUAAUAAACAGGAAACGCUCUUGACGACGUCAUCAAAGUCUCGAUCUAUUAGAUGUGUUAGUUUAGGCCAACUUCUGGUUGCGAGCUUCGGUUGUUAAGGGUCGGAGAUAAAUAGGAGGAUGGAUACGAAUAACUCGACUGCGACAUAUACACGCUUUUCAGGUGAGAAACUUGAGACAGGCGUGUACACUCUCGAGGAUGAGGUCACAAUACCAAACCAUGCGGGACGACAGCGUACUCGCCUGAUGUGGUGUUCCAACAAUCGUCGCAUAUUGCUGGCGCUAUUUGUGAUAUUCCUAGUUUUCUGUUUCGGUUUCAUCGCUGGGUACCUGGUUCGAAGAAGCGUUCACAGCUCAAUAAGUAGUGGAAAUGAGGACAGCAGUGCCUGCACUGAAGCAAAUAAUAUUGGGGAAGAGGGAACAACGAUGGCUCCUCCAACUGUAGAAGCUAUUUUUCAGAAUAUCAAGACAAAGAUGUCACCACGCCUGAUGAAAGAUAACAUUGAGAAAUUUGGUAUUAAGGGACCACAUUUGGCAGGAUCUGAUUGGAGCAGAAAUCAGGCAGACAGAAUCUAUGACCAAUGGUCAAACUUUGGUUUUAAGACAACGCUCAAGAAGUAUGUGGUUACUUUAUCAAAGCCUGGAACUAAUACUCUUAAUAUAAGUGGUUCCAUCGCAGAAGAACUAAGUGUACAAUACAGGAAAGCAUACACGCCAUACAGUUUGAACACGUCGGUGUCUGGAGAGCCUAUAUUUGUGAAUUAUGGACGUAAUGAGGAUUACCAUGUUUUGACUUCGACCGCAAAUUACAAAUUUGAGGCCCACACAAUUGCUCUGGCAAGGAUGGGAAAGAUGUCGCUGGGUCUUAUGGCUAAAAUUGCAGAAGAGAAAAACCUAAAAGGAUUGAUUGUGUUUGCUGAUCCAACAGACUACGCCCCCAAAGUUAACUAUUCUCUAUCAAUGCAAUCAACAAUAAAAUCACAAGUAUUCCCCAAAACUACGUCGUUACCAGAAGAUACUGUUGUCCAGGACACGUUACUAUUUUCCAUGGGUGACCCUUUCACUCCUGGAUUUGUUUCAGGUGAUCAACAAGCCUUUAAUUUGUCUCAAACAGGCCUUGUUAAGAUUCCUGUAAUUGCCAUUGACUAUGAGACGGCUUACAAAAUAUUUAGUACUAUGCAAGGAGCAGUACCGUCAAAGGACCAGUUUCCCGAAUGGUCCGGCUCCUUUCUCAGAUAUCCUGUUGAGGGCACUGGAGAUCAAAAUAUAAUAGCGAACAUAAGUGUCAGUAACAAGCUUGAACAAACAGAAAUUAUAAAUGUAAUUUCUGUAAUCAAAGGCUCAGUGGAACCAGAACAAUAUGUGAUAAUUGGAGGUCAUCGAGAUUCAGUAAGUGUCGGUGCCGCUUCACCGGGUACUGGAGUUACCUGUCUUCUGGAAGUAGCCCGUCUCUUGAAAUUCCUGAUGAAUAACCGCAAGUGGAAGCCAUACAGAAGCAUAAUUCUUGCAAGCUGGGAUGCUGGUGCACAGGGUCAGAUGGGAUCUACUGAGUGGAUAGAAGCUCACUUAAGCCUUCUACAGGAUAGUGUGGUUGCCUACAUCAACUUGGAUGAUGCUGUUGUUGGAGAUUAUGUGUUUGACCCCACAGGUUCUCCUUUGCUAUCAGAGGUCAUUUACAAAGCCACUAAAAAUGUUAGUUGUCCACUGCAUGAAGAUAUGACUGUUUAUAUGGACUGGAAAAAUAAAGUAGACAAAGAUAAUACAGAUCCAAGCUUCGGUGUUCCUGGUAUUGGUAGUGAUGAUAGCCCGUUCUUGCAUCUCAUCGGAGUGCCAACUGUAUCAUUCAGUUACUCAUACAAUAAGGCAAGCACGAAGACAGAUAAGUACCCAUUAUAUAACACUGCCUGGGACACAUCUCUACUUGUUGAUAUGUAUGAAACUGAAAAUCUCGACUAUCACUCAGCAAUUAUCGAGGUUGCCCUGCGGGUUCUGUUCGAGAUUGCUGAUAGCCCGAUAUUGCCAUUCUCUGUUGUUAACUAUGCUAAUGUACUGCUUAAAGAAGCAGAAAGGAUAAACAAUAAUAAUGACAUAGACAUUUUAGUUUCUGCUGCCAGUGACUUCAAAACCAGUGCAGAAAAAUUUAAUGUAUACGUAAAUGAUGCAAUCCAAAAAGAGAACAGCGAGCUAUACUCUGGGAUUAACUUCAAAUUAAUGUCAGUCGAAAAGAUUUUUCUAAGUAAAAUUCAACGACCAUAUUAUAAGGACUACAGGCAUUUAAUGAUGGGACCAACAUCACAGAAAGCAUUCAACGGUAUACUGUUUCCACCCCUCAGUGAUGCCUUAGCACUUGGAGACAAUACCUCAGAGAGCUUCAAACUGGAAAUUGUCUCGUCCUUGAGGCAAGCCUCCGACAUGCUAUCAUCACAGCGUCCUUAAAUGUGCUGACGAGUGUGUAUGGUAUGCAGAAUACCUCUUCUAUGCUUACAGUCAGAACUAAAGCCUUAUCUGGACUAUUAUAUUUGGUCAUGAUGACAUCACAUCAUGACCAUAUAUAGGCAUGUAUGACUAUAUAUGGGCAUACACCAGGGCUUAUGCUUGAGAUCUGUCUAUAUCUGUUGUUAAGAAUUGGAGGUAUACCGAUCAUCAUGUGGUAAAGACCCCGACUAACUAUAUAUUACUAAUAAGCAAUGUCUCUUAGGCCGUGUUUUCUGCAGCACUUAUAAUCUCUCAGUUAAUUUCUCCGAUAAAUUAUCUUAAAAUUCCCUCCAAGCAUUUUAGCCCGUCAUGCAAAAUUAUGAACAACAGUGCAAUGUGUUUCAACAUCAAAACAUCUGUUUUGUGGACCUAGCAGGUGACCUAUCCCUAUAGGGAUUGAAAAGAAGACAAAAAAGUAAGCUAGCUUUGAUUGGUGUGCUUUACAAGUACUAUAAACGAUAGAGCCAGGCCCAGCCACGCACCCUCGACGUCAAGCGCAGCCGUUUCAGGCUUUGUUUUUUUGUAUGUAAUAAGUGCGAACAAAAUUAACUCCAAACCAACUACCCAAAUUGAUUCUUUGCAUGAUCGUGUUAUUUGUUUUCGCAUUCGGAGCUUUUUCCGAUAAAUUAUCUAAUUUUCAUACGAAAAUUUAUCGGAAACUUCGGGUCCCAUUUCCACAGUGAAUAAUAACAGAAUGGCUGCUUUGCGAUAAUUUAUCAGAUAAUACUGUAAGUGCUGCAGAAACACAGGCCUUAUGCUGAUUGUGGUCUGGCAAUGUGAGAGUGCUGUUAUUGAUAUUUAUUCAUUUUGGUAAAAUCAUUUUCGUUUAUUGAUUUUUUUUUUCUUUUUUUUGGGUUGUGUAGAUACUGUACAUAUAAAAUUAUAUGCAGCUUCCAAGAUUAUUCUCAUAAUUAUAAUAUCUGUUGUAUGUAAAUCUUGAGAUUAUGUCUAUAAAAUUUACUUUCUAGAAGAUUUCUGAUCACUUUGGUUCUUAAACACUUUUUUUUUCAAAUAUUUGAUAUCACUGCUGAUAGUGUUUUACAAAAUAUAAUAUAUAAUUUUUUUUCUUAUUGAGAGUGUGUAUUUGGUAAUGCUGCAUGGUGUGGGGAGGUUGCAUGGAAUGAAUAUUUUUAUUACAGAGAAGAGUUUGAUUGCUACAUGCAGUGUUAUUUAAAAAGAAAGGAAGGAAUGAAUAAUUCCUAACUUAUAAAUGAAUAUACUGUAUCAAUAUGGAAAUAGAAAUUUUAAGUUUUGGUUUUGGUACACAUUAAAUAAUACAGUUGUUAAUACCAUGCAUAAUGUAAUACAGGUGGUUCAUUGCAGGGGUGGCACUGUGAUUUAGCCAAUGGAGGGCUCAGAUCUCUGACAGGAGCGUAAAUGGGUCGGACCAAGGGGCUGCCCUGAACCUCUGAAAGGGGGUCCAGAAGGACGGCCUGGCAGAGAAACCUCCCAAAUUUAGGAAUUAAAUUUUUUCUGAAAAACCAAAAAUCAUAGAUUCUUUUUCUCCCUGAUUUGGAAGGAAGACAGCUCUUAGCCCUUUAUUGGUGCCACUCCUGGUUCAAUACUGUACCGCUAGUCAAGUAGUGUAUAGGUUUAAUCAAUUUUUUAAAAGUAUGUGUGCUGCACAUGUGUUCAGAUUGUAUAUGUUUUCAGGUUUUUUAUAAAUGUGUGCAGUUUACUGUUGUAGCUAUUGAAGUAGUGGAGGAUGGUGCAUUGCUGACACUUGACAGUGGCGUUUCCAGUUCAGGAGGGAGAAAAGGGAAGCCCUGUCUAACAGGCCAAAAAUCUGUUGAUCACAUCUCAUACUUAAACGCCUCAGAACAACUUAAAAUGUCGGAAAUUGCCCAGUUUUACUACGUACCAGGGCCCCUGAUCUACACCGGGGCUUUGUCAUACCUCCAUUUUAGACAACAGAGCCUACACUGAUUGCACAUGCACGUGUGAAACUAUAUAUGGAGUGUGUUGAUUCACAGGUGCACAAUGUACAGGUGUUAAUGUGUCCGCCAUAACAGCUUGUAAUACUUUCCUGCUCCGAGACAUUCAAUUUAUACAUUAAGUUGCUCAUUUGAAAGGUUCAAGUAAAUAGUUGCAAACGUAUACCCGAUUCAUAAUAAAGAAAAUGAUCAUGUGCUAAAUGUUUCUUAAACUUCAUGAGAUAUAGAAAUCUCUGAACCUUGCAUAAAGUUGAUAUGAGCAGUAUGUAGACAGUGAGCAAGACAACAGUUGAUAAGCUACGUCUGGUAAGCACGUGCACAGGUGUUAAAUAUCUUGUGGGAAUAUCAAUCAACUUUUUGCAGCUACAUUC